UUAGCUCUGUCUUGUUUGCUGUUGUCUUGACAAACGAAGAUGGCAGCCCCCAGUGGUGGUUCAAGCUGGAGCCCCGUCGAAGUUCACAAACACCACGAACAACGAACAGUUUGUCACACAAGGCCCAAAUAUAGAGAAGGGAGGAGACCCAAAGCUGUCAAAGUAUACACCAUCAACUUGGAAUCUCGUUUCUUGUUAGUCCAAGGAGUUCCAGCAAUUGGCGUGAUGACAGAACUGGUCCAGCUCUUUGCUCUGUAUGGGGCGAUUGAAGAGUACCGAGUACUGGACGAAUACCCUGCAGAGGAGUUCACUGAAGUUUACUUAAUUAAAUUCCAGAGGCUUCAAAGUGCUAAAGUGGCAAAACGUAAUCUGGAUGAAAGGAGUUUCUUUGGUGGCUUGCUUCACGUAUGCUAUGCUCCUGAAAACGAAACGGUGGAGGACACCAGACAGAAAUUACAAGAGAGGAGAAGAUUUGUUGCCAGGAUAAUGCGAAAUAAAGCUAGAGAAUCUGACCAAACAGAAGACGAUAAAAGCAAAAUACCCAGAACCCAAAAUGACUCAGAAAUGACUUUGUGUGAAAAAAAGAAAUGGAAAGAUACUUCUCAGGAGGAAGAGGAAAGUUUGAAUGCCAGCUACCUUUCAAGUUAUCCUUUCUUGCCCCCUCCCCCACAAGAGGAUGUUUAUAGACCUUCAUCCUUUUCUGAGCAGGCGUCAUCGUCAUCAUCAUCAUCAUUUGUGUUAAAGGGAUAUCAACGUAACAUGCAGCCUGCUGAGGACAACAUGGGGUCCACAUACCAUUUCGUUGAUACUGGUAAUAAUGAGCCUCUUCCAUCUAAAGUUUUACAAUCCCCUCAUGGAAAUCCAGCAUCGAGUAACCAGCAGAGAAAAAUCAGUCACCCUACAACCAGGUUUAUACCAAGGACAACACACUUAGAAAACAGGAAACGUAAAAUAGAGGAAGCUUGUCAAGAUGCACUGUUGGGAAUUGUAGAAAAAAGUGAAACUCUGAUUGGACCAAAACUACCACAGCCACCUAAGAUGGACAUGGAGGAUGCUUCCUUGAAUAUUACAGCUAAUUUAAUAAGAAGCACCAUGGCAAAGGUUUCGUCAGUUCCAGAGUACAAGCCUGCAGAGAAGAAAGCCACCACUCCCAAGCCACGAAGGAGGAUAUAAAUAGCAUUCCAUGUCUUCACAGGAACUACACCCAAUAAUACUGGUGAUAAGGGUAUUAGGUGUCUGAGGACGUACACCCAAAAUUUAAGUCAGAGUUAUUUAUUUGGUGAGAACUUGGAAUAAAACAUGCCUGAAUU